AUGGCGCCGAGUCCCCCGCUGCCCUCCUACGAGGCCCUGAUGGACGCUGAGAACGGGGGCGCUCCCCUCUCCCCGCCGCUCCCCACCCCCUACGCCCCCGUCGACUACCCCACUUCCCCCGACCCCAACGCCUACAACCGCCACUCCGCCGCAUCCCUGGGGCGCCGGCCCAUCUCUGACCCAAACUCUAUCGAUUUCCACAAUCUCGAAAUCACCCCCGCCCUACCGCCCAACCCCGUGGCGAGACACAAGACGGCUCCUUCCCAUCCCCACCCGCAGUACAGAAACGCCCCCUUCCCCAGGCAGCAGAGAUCGACAACCGGAGGCUAUCCGAUGGACGUAGAUGGCGCAGCGAGUGUCUACAGUCUGGACUCGGGGAUGGGGGCGUACGGUGGUGCGGGACAGCAUCAGCAGCAGCAGCAGCAGGGAGGCCAGGGCUAUGGCGGGUACGCGCCAGUGCAGUCAGAUUACCACAAUCCAUACUACUCUGCCGCCAGCGACGUCCUUGGCCUGCCCCCGCCUCCUCCCCAAGAACAAUCCUUCGCUUCCUCUUCCACCUCCCUUCCUCCUGCCAGCCAGCCGCAUCCUGUGGUUACCCGGCAACAAUCCAUCCCUUCACUCGUGCGCUCCAACACGGCUGCGACCAACAUGUCCAGCGCAUCUUCCAGGUCGAUACCGCCCGUUCCCGCUCUGCCCCGCGUCACAGAACAAGUCGGCGCGUCUUCUACACGGAGACGGGGCACACAGGCCGCGGUCGAUCUCAACAAGCCGCCCUAUACAAAGCAAUAUGUGGACGAUUACAGAAAGAGAAUGAAGGACGACCCGGAUCCCGAGGCGCAGUUUGCGUUUGCAAAGUAUCUCAUCGAAGCCGCGAAAAAGCUCGGAGACGAGAUCAGUCACAGUGACCAAAAGCUGGGGAGGAAAUAUCGAGACAAUCUUCUGGCCGAGUCUCUGCGCAACGUCAAAAAGCUUGCUGAAGGCAAAGUCCCCUACCCCGAUGCCCAAUUCUUCCUCGCCAACUUGUACGGUACAGGCCAGCUCGGCCUCGCCGUUGACCACGAAAAGGCAUACUACCUCUAUCUCAUGGCAUCCAAGCACAAUCAUCCUGCUGCCACUUAUCGCUCUGCCGUGUGCAACGAGAUUGGUGCUGGUACGCGGAAAGACCCCGGGCGUGCCGUGCUGUUUUACCGCAAAGCAGCCGCCCUGGGCGACACGGCAGCCAUGUACAAGCUCGGUAUGAUCCUCCUUGGCGGCCUACUGGCCCAGCCGAGAAAUGUCCGCGAAGCCAUCGUCUGGCUUCGGCGCGCUGCUUCACAAGCCGACGAAGACAAUCCCCAUGCCCUCCACGAACUCGCCCUCCUCCACGAGCGUCCUGGCGGCACGGCCGGUGUCCUCCCCCAUGACCCUGCCAUGGCCUGUCAGCUGUUUACACAAGCGGCCCAGUUGGGAUAUGCGCCAGCCCAGUUCAAGUUGGGGCAGAGUCACGAAUUUGGGCACAUGAAUUGCAUGAUUGACCCGAGGAGGAGUAUUGCUUGGUAUACCAGAGCGGCGGAGAAGGGGGACAGCGAGGCGGAAUUGGCGCUUAGUGGUUGGUAUUUGACCGGGAGUGAGGGCGUUCUGAAACAGUCAGAUACAGAAGCGUACUUGUGGGGAAGAAAGGCCGCCAACAAGGGCCUCGCCAAAGCCGAGUACGCUGUUGGAUAUUACACAGAGAUCGGAAUCGGAGUCAAGCAAGAUAUGGACCUCGCCAAGCGAUGGUACAUGCGCGCUGCUGCUCAACAACACAAAAGGGCAAUGCAGCGCCUCACCGAGCUCAACAACCAAAAGAACGCCAAAGGCAAGAAAGGCGCCCGGCCCACAAGAGACGACGCCUCGAGCGAGUGUAUCGUCAUGUAG